CCAGAACUGGUUAGAGUGAAGGGGCGUUAGGACUAGCGGUCUUGGAAGCGGCCCAGACUACCAGAAGCGAGUUGGGUGGAAAGGUUGGCAGAGUUUCAGGAAAGGAGGAAGCUUCGAGGCACUUUAGGGACCCCGGCAGCACCGCGUUAGGGGGCGGGACUUCGUGGCGUCAGAACGCACGCUGCGUCAAGGGGUGGGGCGGGCGCAACCCAAGAUGGCGGCGAACGUGUUUCUGUUUCGGGACGCCCGUGCCGCUCCGGACCCAGUACUGCAGGCCGGGCCGGUGGCACACGGGCCGGUGCCACUGGUGCUGGACAAUGGGUCGUUCCAGGUUCGGGCUGGCUGGGCGUGUCCCGGGCUGGACCCGGGCCCUGAACCGCGCCUGCAGUUCCGCUCUGUGUGCGCCCGCGGCCGGGGCGGGGCUCGGGGCGCGACGGGCCCCCAGGUGGGCAACGCGCUGGGCAGCCUGGAGCCGCUUCGCUGGAUGCUGCGCUCGCCUUUCGACCGCAACGUGCCAGUCAACCUGGAGCUGCAAGAACUGCUGCUCGACUACAGUUUCCAGCACCUGGGUGUCUCCUCACAGGGCCAUGUUGAUCAUCCUAUAGUUUUGACUGAAGCUGUGUGUAAUCCACUAUAUUCUCGCCAAAUGAUGUCUGAGCUCCUUUUUGAGUGUUAUGGAAUACCAAAGGUUGCCUAUGGAAUAGACAGCCUCUUCAGCUUCUACCACAAUAAGCCGAAGAACUCAGUUUCCAGUGGGGUCAUCAUUUCAUCUGGAUACCAGUGUACGCAUAUUUUGCCCAUCUUAGAAGGAAGGCUAGAUGCCAAAAACUGCAAGCGUAUCAAUCUUGGAGGAAGCCAGGCAGCUGGCUACCUCCAGCGACUCCUCCAGCUGAAGUAUCCUGGCCAUCUGGCAGCCAUCACGCUCAGCCGAAUGGAAGAGAUCCUGCAUGAGCACAGCUACAUCGCCGAGGACUAUGGGGAAGAAUUGCAUAAGUGGCAGUACCCAGAUUAUUACGAGGACAAUGUCCACAAGAUGCAGCUCCCAUUUUCCAGCAAGCUCCUGGGCAGCACUCUGACAUCUGAGGAGAAGCAGGAGAGGCGGCAGCAGCAGCUGCGGCGGCUGCAGGAGCUCAAUGCCCGGCGGCGGGAGGAAAAGCUGCAGCUGGAUCAGGAGCGGCUAGACCGGCUGCUCUACGUGCAGGAGCUUCUGGAGGAUGGCCAGAUGGAUCAGUUUCACAAAGCUCUGAUAGAGCUGAACAUGGACUCCCCAGAAGAGCUACAGUCCUACAUACAAAAGCUCAAUUUGUCAGUGGAGCAGGCAAAGCAGAAGAUCCUUCAAGCAGAAGUCAACCUCGAGGUGGAUGUAGUGGACAGCAAGCCAGAGACCCCUGACCUGGAGCAGCUGGAGCCGUCUCUGGAAGACGUGGAAAGCAUGAAUGAUUUUGAGCCCUUGUUUUCAGAGGAAGCACCUGAAGUAGAGAAGCCCAUCACCACUGUCCAGCCCGUGUUUAACUUGGCAGCGUAUCAUCAGCUGUUUGUUGGGACAGAAAGAAUUCGAGCUCCAGAAAUUAUUUUCCAGCCAUCUCUCAUAGGAGAGGAGCAGGCGGGGAUAGCAGAGACUCUCCAGUACAUUCUGGGCAGGUACUCAAAGGAUGUUCAGGAGAGGCUGGUCCAGAACAUUUUCCUCACUGGUGGGAAUGUGAUGUAUCCUGGGAUGAAAGCCAGAAUUGAGAAGGAGCUGCUAGAGAUGCGGCCCUUCCAGUCUUCUUUCCGGGUUCAGCUCGCCUUGAACCCUGUGCUGGAUGCCUGGUAUGGUGCUCGUGACUGGGCCUUAGACCACCUGGAUGAUGUUGAAGCCUGGGUCACCAGGAAAGACUAUGAAGAAAAGGGAGGAGAGUACUUCAAGGAGCAUUGUGCUUCAAACAUCUAUGUCCCCAUCCGCCUGCCCAAGCAGGCCUCACGGGCCUCAGAAGCCCCAGGAUCUAGCAAAUGCUCAGGGGCCAGUGGAAGCGGCACCGGGGAGGCCUAGCAGAUGGCCCUCUGGAGAGCAGCUACCCCUGGGCCACAUUGGCAGUGUGAUGGGACGGUGGCUCUGCUAGGUGUAUCCAGCACAAGUGGUUACAUGUGACUACAAAAGUAGAUUUCUCCUGAAGAGAACAGAGAGAGGCAUUGCUGUAGUAAAGUACUUGUAGUGGCCUGCCGUCUGUGGAACUGACUGUACAUGAGGUUUGGCUUGAGUUUCCCACAACAGUAAGGGAACCCAGCUGGAGGCCAGAAGUGUGCAGAAGGCACAAGACUUAUUUUUUACAGUGUUGUAAACGCUUUUGUUUUAAAAACUUUAAAAAGUUGUCAGUGUAGUUAUUUAAUUGUAUGAAUGCCCAGCAGUGGGAGGCAUUUCCUGUGCAUAAGAAGGUCAUGCUUAUGUCAUAGAAACAGCCACUUCCCUCCUUCUAUUAAUUCCUCUUACCAGUAAGAGGAAAUAAGAGAAAAAGCCCAGAGAAGGUCAGCAGCUUGCAGUCACUCUGCUACCUACGGACCUGCCUGGUGCCCUCUUCUGAAUAGGCAGAAAUGAGGUCAUGGCCCAACUUUAGUUCAUUCUGUUUUGUUUGCUGGAAACUUUUCUAUAUGUUUAUUUCUCCUUCUGUGAAUUAGUUGGCUUCUUAACUUUUUCAGGCUGUUCUGAAGAAUGAGUAGACUGAAGAACGCUAACUCUGUAACCUUUGCAGUUUGUCCAUAAUCUCAAAUUUCCCAUACCCUUACAGCUUCAUCUUAAAUGGACAAAUCACCCUACUUUUUUAUGGAUUGCUUAGUGAGAAUUUUAAGUGUCAAACACACCCAAGAAUUGAGCCCAGGAGGCCCCUGAACAGCUGAUACUGUCAUAGAAUCUGUGUCUUUAGAUCCUCUGGAUCCUCCAGCUGUAAGGUCAUAAGGGAUUUGCUUACAGUUCGGUCCAGGGAUGGGCUGUGCCCGCUGCCAGCUGGACGUAGCCAGAGUCCAAAGCCACAUGUGGAAGGUGCUGAAGACCACAAAGAGUGUGGCCUGGUGGCACCUAGAUUUUAGGCUUUGAUCUCCAAAACUGUGAGAGAAUAAAUAUUGUUUUAAGCAUUAAGUUUGUGAUCAUUUGUUCUACCAGCCCUCGGAGACAAGUACAGAUGGCCAAAUGAGCCAGAGUGAAUCAGUUAAGCCAUAGGGAAAGAAGUACUUGCCUGUAGAAUGGAGGUGUCCCCACAGUAGCAGGGCCCAGAAACAUCAGCAAAGGCUUAGCCCAGGGAAGCUGUCAUGGGCAGUGAAGGGAGUGGGCUUGGAACAAUUCCCCACAUCUUCCUCUCUCCAGGCCCUAGCAGUCACCAUUCUGUUCUCCGCUUCUGUGAGUUUGAUUAAAGAUAUCUCAUAAAAGUAGGAUGAAUCAUGCACUGUAACUGGCUUAUUUCACAUGCAUAAUUUCCUGCAAGUUCAUCCAGGUUGUCAUAGAUGACAGGAUUUCCUUUUCUGCAGCUGAAUAGUAUUUGUAUGUUUGUACCACAUUUUCUUUAUCCAUUCAUCUAUUGAUGGACAUUUAAGUUGCUUCUAUGUCUUGGCUAUUGUGAAUAAUGCUGCAGUGGAUGUGGGAAUGCAGAUCUCUUUCAGAUCUUGAUUUUAUUCCUUUGUGUUCCCAUAAGUGGGAUUGUUAAAUCGUGUAGUAAGUAUAUUUUUUGAAGAUCUUAUAAACUGUUUCCCAUAGCAACUGCACCAUUUUGUAUUCCUACAAAAUGUAGUGUACAGCAUUCCAAUUUCUUCACAUCCAUCCUUACUAAUACUUAAGUAUUUUCUGUUUUUUAAAUUGUUUUGUAUUUGAGACAGGGUCUUGCUAUAUAACACAGCCGGCCUCAAACUUGUGAUCCUCCUGCCUCAAUUUGCUGAGUGCUGGAAUUAUAGGCAUGUGCCACCGCACCCAACUGGUUGGUUUGGUUUGGUUUUUCUAAAGUAGCAAAACUAACAGGUUUUGCCAGGAAUGUAGCUCAGCAGCACCGCACCUGCCUGGCAAGCCCAAGGUCCUGGGUUUGAUCCCUGCUACUAAAAAUAAAGACUAACAGGUUUUGCUUUGCAUUUCUGUGAUGGCAAAUGAUAUUGAGCAUCAUUGUGUAUCCUGGUUGACCAUCUGUAUGUCUUUGAGAAAUGUCUAUUAAAGUCCUUUGCCCAAUUUUUAA